AUGCAAAGUAAAUCGUUGCGGUUCACAAAUUGGUAUUCGUCGCCGGUUCGUCCAUGUGGAGAGCGUUUUGGCGAGAAGCGCGCCAGUCUUUUCGCUAAAACCUUUGUAAACCCUAACUCUUGGAAGGCUCUAGACAUUCAGUCUCUUCUCUCUGCGACGGAGAUGGCGAACAAGGCCGUGGAUUCGAGCCACGAGCAACCUCCACUGAGUUACCGCAAGAGUAUCGAAAUCAAAGCCACGCAUGAUCAGUUUAUCGUUUGGAGAGAGUUCCUAUGGGGAGGUAUAGCUGGAGCUUUUGGAGAAGGAAUGAUGCAUCCCGUAGAUACUCUCAAAACCCGACUUCAGAGUCAAAUUAUUAUGAAUGCGACUCAGAGACAAAAGAGCAUUCCACAAAUGCUUCGGACUGUGUGGGUUGGUGAUGGAUUAAAAGGCUUUUAUAGGGGAAUUGCUCCUGGAGUAACAGGGUCUCUUGCCACUGGAGCGACCUACUUUGGUGUUAUUGAGUCCACAAAGAAAUGGAUUGAGGAGUCUCAUCCCAGCUUAGGAGGCCACUGGGUGCACUUUCUAGCAGGAGCUAUUGGUGAUACACUUGGUUCUUUCGUAUACGUUCCUUGUGAAGUAAUAAAGCAGCGGAUGCAAAUUCAAGGCACUAGUAGCUCCUGGAGCUCCUUUAUUUCUAGGAACAGCGUUCCGGUGAAACCAAGUGGUGACAUGUAUGGUUAUUAUACUGGAAUGUUCCAAGCUGGAUGCUCAAUAUAUAAAGAGCAAGGGCCAAAAGGACUGUAUGCUGGAUAUUGGUCUACACUUGCAAGGGAUGUACCGUUUGCUGGCCUUAUGGUAAUGUUUUAUGAAGCAUUAAAGGAUCUAACAGAUCAAGCCCAGAAAAAGUUUCCACAGUAUGGAGUCAACAGUUCUAUCGAGGGGCUCGUAUUGGGAGGAUUAUCUGGUGGACUAAGCGCUUAUCUCACAACUCCACUGGAUGUUGUAAAAACAAGAUUGCAAGUGCAAGGAACAACGAUCAAGUACAAGGGGUGGUUGGAUGCAGUUGGGAAGAUAUGGAGGAAGGAAGGUCCAGAGGGGUUUUUCCGGGGAAGCGUCCCGAGGGUUAUGUGGUAUAUUCCGGCCUCGGCACUCACCUUCAUGGCCGUUGAAUUCCUUAGAGAGAAUUUCAGAGAGAAAGGUAAGAAUGAUAACGUCGUGUCGAACUUGAUCAUAGAGAGGAAGAUAUCAUCUUCUUCAGUACUUGAAGCUAGGGAGAAAGGAAUUAGCCUAAACCCUAAGAAGGAGAUGGCGUCUUCUUCUCGCGCGGAUAAACGAUGCCUCUACGAGGUUCUCGGUAUCAGCAAGGAAUCAUCGCCGGACGAGAUUCGAUCCUCCUAUCGGCGGUUGGCUUUGCAGCGUCACCCCGACAAGCUUAUCAAGGCCGGUGGAAUAACCGAGGCUGAAGCCACCGCCCAGUUCCAAGAGCUCGUUCACGCUUACGAGGUUUUAUCCGAUCCAAAGGAGCGAGCCUGGUACGAUUCCCACCGAUCUCAGAUUCUAUUCGCCGACCAUGGCUCCGCCGGUGGCUCGAAAUCCGGUGGAAUGCCUGGCGGCUCCGUCCCGGAUCUAUUCGCCUUCUUCUCGUCCACUGUAUAUUCCGGGUAUUCUGACACCGGGAAGGGAUUCUACAAGGUGUAUUUCGAUGUCUUUAACAGUGUAUACCUCAACGAGAUUAAGUUCGCGAGGACGCUAGGGUUGGCGAUGGACUCUGUGAGGGAAGCUCCGAUCAUGGGGAAUCUCGAGAGUCCGUACGCACAGGUGACGGCGUUUUACAAUUACUGGUUAGGUUUCAGCACUGUUAUGGAUUUCUGCUGGGUGGAUGAGUAUGAUGCGAUGGCUGGACCGAACCGGAAGUCGAGAAGGUUGAUGGAGGAAGAGAACAAGAAGGUGAGGAAGAAAGCCAAGAGAGAGUAUAACGAGACCGUGAGAGGCUUGGCGGAGUUUGUCAAGAAGAGGGACAAGAGAGUGAUUGACAUGAUGGUGAAGAAGAACGCGGAGAUGGAGUUGAAGAAGGCGGAGGAGAGGGAGAGGAAGAGGAAGAUGGAGAAGGAGAGAUUGGAGAGAGCUAUGAACUACGAGGAGCCUGAUUGGGCAAAGGCUCAGGACGAGGAGGAGGAAGAAGCAGUGGAAGAGGAUGAUGACGAUGAUGCAAAGAGGAAGAACGAGCAGCUCUAUUGCAUUGUUUGUAGCAAGAAGUUCAAAAGUGAGAAGCAGUGGAAAAACCAUGAACAGUCGAAGAAGCACAAAGAGAAAGUGGCGGAGUUGAGAGUGUCAUUUGAUAUAGAAGACGAAAUGCUGAGAGAAGAUGAGGAAGAGAAUGAUGGGCCGGUUGAGCCACCUGAAACUGUAGAGGAGCUCCAUGAGAAGUUUCAGGAGGGAUUAAAUAUCGACGACGAAGAAGUGGUGAAAGAAAAGGAUAUUGAGGAGGAAGUUGUAGGGGAAGCUGAAGAAACUGAUGAUGAGGAGUAUUUUGUGGCAGAGGAGCAUGUGAAAGAAUCUAGUGAAAGUGAGGAUGAGGAUGGCGAUGAUGAGAUGAGUCUGCUCAAGAAAAUGGUAUCUGGGCAGAAGAACAAGCGAAAGAAUGUUGUGUCAAGGAAAGAAGAUGAAGCUCAAGUCGAGAUUGAGAGCGACACAGCAGAGUUCAGAGACUUUGAUAACCAGAAAAGCACAGGUAGGAAUAGAAAAGGUAAGGAGAAGAAUAAACGGAACGCUGGAAAAGACACGACGGAUGAUGCCAGCAAGGCACAGAUACCCGGAGACGACGGUGUUACAGAAGACGACAAUGUGGAUGCAUCGAACACAGCUUCUGGAGCAUUUGAGGAUUCUCAGAAGGAUGAGCCAGAUCUAAUGGAGUAUGAUAACAGAAAGACCACAGGGAGGAGGCGCAGAAGUAAGAAGGUUAAGGAUAAGAAUAAUCUUGGAGGGUUAAUGGAGAAGAAGAGCAGUGAAGCUGAUGAUACUCAAGAUCGAAAUGGAGACGUGGAAGAAUCUCGUUCAGAAACGUUUGAGGAUCGAACUGAAUAUAUAGAACAUCACAAGGCUCCUAGAUCAAAGAAAUCAACCAGAGGAAUGAAAGCCAAGGGCACAUCGAAGAAAACCAGUAAUAACGAAUGUGAUAGAUGCGGAGAGGAGUUUGAGUCGAGGUCAAAACUAUUCAAGCAUAUUGCUGAUACCGGUCAUGCGACCUUGAAAAACAAAUGA